GAGAUCACCUCACUCGACUUACACGACUCACACGAGCAACCCGAGAUUUGGCUAACGACUCAAGUGGAACGCAGCUGGUCAGCGGAUUCCGAAGCCGUGGGCCGGGGAUAGAGUGGUGCAUGCAAGACGUUAUUUCAGCAUUAAGUGUGCACAGCGACGAAGUCGGAGCCCGGCAUACCGUGCACUCCAGCCAAAAUAUUCCAACUUACCCGUGACUCAGGAUACACCUCGAGCGCUUCAUCUCCUGGGGUUAGACCAGCAACUCCAUCUAGAAAAAACAUAGCAGCGCAACCAUGUCUGGAGAAUUGGAGAUCACCAAGCCCCUCCGAAGGAUCACCGAUCCUAGUGACAUUCCUAGGUUUGCCGCUCUUGUUGCAGCUGCGUUCUCUCAGGACGCACUCAAUCGCUACUUGUUCAUGGGCCGCGAGUCAAACCCUGAACAUCCCAAAAUACAAACGAUUGAGUUCCGAGCGAAGUACUGGGAGGCGAUCGUCCGGCCUCGUUUCGAAGGUGGAGCUAUCCUGGUGGAGUCACUUGAUUGGGCUGCCAUCGGUUUGUGGUUUCCUCCAGGUGUUGAGAAGAAGCCGAACCCUGCAUCCACCCUAUCAGAGGGUGUGGUCGAAUAUUUGACUUUUUUCAAAGCUCUUCGCGAGGAGAAACUGGGUACCCGUCCGCACUGGCAUUUGAACGUCAUCGGCAGAGAUCCGGAAAGGACUGAUAAAGGUGCUGUGACUUCCAUAUUUGAGCCUUUUUUGGCCGCAGCCAAAGCGAGCAAUAUCCCCAUUUGGCUGGAAUCAACAAAUGCACAUGCGAAAGGUAUCUACGAGUACUUUGGAUUCAAAGUUGUUGGGUCUACAAGGAUCGGCAAAGGUAUUGUUGGAAGUGAUGGCUGGGCCAAGGAAGGAGGCGAAGGGGUGGAGUCAUGGGGGAUGAUAGCAGGACUCGAUGGAUGGUAGCCCGAUUAGACGACCCCAAUUAAGUACUGGGUGUUAUGAGCUCUAACUACCAUCACAGCGUAGAUCUCUUUUCCCGACCAUGCCUCGUUAUCUUCCACUGAAAACGGCCUGGCAGGCGCCACAGAGACGGCUGCAUCGCACUCCAACAUUAUCAUGGCUCGGAACGCUCGAAUGCCUUGGGAAUAACUUGCGAAUAACUUGCGAAUAACAGUUCGUGGUUAAAUAUGCAUCCUAGUAGCAG